AUUUGACAACACACACACACACGGCUUUGUUUAAAUUCCCAAGACGGAUCAUAUGAUCCCAUACCUCCUCUCUCUCGCCUUCACAUCUUGAACAAGAAGAAGAAGAAGAAGAAGACAUGGGUGUUGAUUUGGAUUUGGAAUCCAUCUCCGAAGCCACCUCAGGAGCCGUUGGAUCUCUUCUCAGCACCACCAUUCUUUACCCUCUCGAUACCUGUAAAUCCAAGUUCCAGGCCGAGAUUCGUGUUCGUGGUCAGCAGAAAUACAGAUACUUAUCAGAUGUGUUUUGGGAAGCAAUUUCAACAGGGAAUGUUCUCUCUCUGUAUCAAGGCCUAGGGACUAAGAAUUUGCAAUCUUUCGUUUCUUCCUUCAUCUACUUCUAUAGUUAUAGCUAUUUCAAGAGGUUGCAUUCUGAGAGAAUAGGUUCCAAAUCUAUUGGAACAAAGGCUAAUCUUCUCAUUGCUGCUGCUGCUGGGGCUUGUACCUCUGUAUUGACCCAACCUCUAGAUACAGCUUCAUCAAGGAUGCAAACAAGCGAGUUUGGAAAAUCAAAAGGGUUGUGGAAGACCUUAACUGAUGGUUCAUGGGGAAAUGCGUUUGAUGGUCUUGGGAUCUCUCUUUUGUUGACCUCGAAUCCAGCUAUUCAGUAUACAGUGUUUGAUCAGCUGAAACAGAACAUCCUGGAAAAAAGAAAUGCAAAAGUCAAGAAAGAUUCUUCCCCUAUAGUCCUCUCUGCCUUUAUGGCUUUCGUAUUAGGUGCGGUCUCAAAGAGUGCUGCCACUGUCAUCACAUAUCCAGCAAUCAGGUGUAAGGUGAUGAUUCAAGCAGCAGAUGACUCGAAGGAAAAUGAAGCAAAAAAGCCCCGAAAAAGAAUCAAUAAAACGAUUCCCGGGGUAAUAUAUGCUAUAUGGAAAAAGGAAGGGAUCUUAGGGUUCUUUAAAGGCUUGCAGGCUCAGAUCUUAAAGACAGUUUUGAGCUCCGCAUUGCUACUAAUGAUCAAGGAGAAAAUCACUGCAACCACAUGGAUAUUUAUUCUAGCAAUAAGAACUCUGUUUGUCACAAAGGGUAGGUUGAAAAGUCCGUAAAGAUUGCCGUUCAGCAAACGUCCUAAGGCCAAGCAAGAGUAAAGACUUCGGUUUGGCGGUCUGUACUGAAGGAUAUCGAACAGGCAAGUAUUGUAGUCUUUCUCAUUUCAAGAACAAAUGAUUGUUUAGUAAUGAUCUGAUUGUAGGUCUGCAUAAAGCUUCUUGUUGCUUCCAGAUUGAGUUUCUGGACUUAGAGAUUUUCUGGUUAUUGCGUAGCUCUGUUUGUUCCUUCAAUCGUAAUAAAUAUGAAGAUCUAUGUGUA